AUGUACAACGAGAUAGAAGGAAAUUACAAUGACGUCGCCAUUAGUACGUUCAAAAGGGGCCUGCUGACAGAGCAUGACUUAAGAAAGUCUCUCACUGGGAAGCCAGUUACCAGCGUGCGCCAACUUAUGGACAGAAUAGACAAGUACAAAAGGGUCGAGAAGGACCAGCAGAUGGGGAAAGGUAAAGCGAAGGUUGUCCCUCAGGAGAGGAGGGACUUCAGGUCGGACCACUUUAACAGCAGUAACAGACCGAGAAGAGACUACGUGGAACAGUCCGGACCUACUGGGGCUCAGGUAGUCCAUGCUGUGUUCCCAGAACCAUUGCACAAGAUCCUGGAGAAGGUAAAGUGCGAACCCUUCUUUCAGUGGCCGAACAGGAUGGCAGGCGACCCCUCAAAACGCAAUCAGAAUCUGUACUGCGCGUACCAUCAGGAGCCUGGUCACACCACCGAUGAUUGCAAGAAUCUGAAAAACCAUUUGGAUCGGCUUGUCCGAGAAGGAAAGCUGAGGCAUCUAUUGCACCGCCCUGAACAGUCAAAUGUCGAAACCAGACAAGGCACAUUGAGGCCACCCAUUGGCACAAUCAAUGUCAUUCUUGCCACACCUAGGAGGACCGGUUCCAGCCCUUUUAGAGUAAUGUCAGUGGGCAGGUUCCCGACUGAGCCAGACGAAAGGGAAUCCAAGAGAGCCAAAGCGAGUGCCACGCCAUUGAUUGGGUUCACGGAGGAAGACAAGCAAGGAACCCUUCAACCCCACGACGAUGCCCUGGUCGUCACAAUCAGAAUAGGAGGUUAUGACGUGAAAAGGGUGUUAGUUGAUCAAGGCAGCGCCGUGGAGGUAAUGUACCCCGAUUUGUAUAAGGGGUUAAACUUGAAGCCAGAUGACCUGUCGCCAUAUGAUUCCCCUCUGGUCAGCUUUGAAGGAAUAAUUGUCAUCCCGAAAGACAUGAUUAGGCUGCCCGUGUAA